AUGAAGACUCACACACUUGUCAUUGCGGGCUUCGCCCUACUGACCUCGACCCUGGUCCAAGCACAAGACUCAAUAGUCGGGACGUGGACGACCAAGUCGCGAAAAGUACUUACUGGCCCAGGCUUCUACAACCCGGUCGACGACCGUCUUAUCGAGCCCGAGUUGACUGGCAUCUCAUACUCCUUCACUGCUGAUGGUUGGUACGAAGAGGCUUACUACCGAGCAAUCUCAAAUCCAACAAACCCAAACUGCCCUUCGGGGAUAAUGCAAUGGCAGCAUGGUACAUACACGCUCCCUGGAAACGGAUCAAUCUUCCUACAGCCUAUCGAAGUCGAUGGUCGUCAAUUGAUCUCCACACCAUGUCGGUACGACAAUUCAGUCUAUGAGCGCUAUCACCAGCCAGAGUUCAUCAAGUCUUACUCAGUCGAGACAGAUAAGUUCCACAACGUUCCGCGAUUAAACCUCUUUCAAUUUGACGGUGCACCUCAACAACCACUAUAUCUUGCUUACAAUCCUCCUCAAAUGCUUCCUACUCAGACGCUAAACCCUACUGCUGCACCAAGUGCUACCAGCAAAGCGAAACGAGACGAGCCACAAAUCGCUAUGCACAAUGACGCUCCACUGAACAAGAACGCAAUCAUACAACCGACUGAACCUCUGAAUGCCGAUAAAAUCUGGUGGGCAGGAAUAAGCUUGGUAGCAGUGGGCUCAGCGCUAUACAUGUUGCCCAGCAAGAAGCAGAUAUCCUGA